CAAUGGUUUGACCCGGUGUUAUCGUGCAGCAUAUAUGUUGGUGCACGCCAACCACUCUGGCGUUCGUUUCACCCCCAAGCACUCGAGGAGAUGGACGCAACGACCAUUAACCAACUUCUCUAUAUAGAAAGAAAUGCUCAAACGAUUAGGUUUCUACAAGUUGUACCGACCACUUUCAUGGUGUACGACUGUGUCCUUUAUUUGGACAAAGAGAUCAACUAUAUUUGGAAGAAACGAAUGUCAAACAUCUCAGUCGCCUAUCUAAUAUUCCGAUACUUCGGCAUUGUAUAUCUAGUGUUUUCAUUGGCAGAAUUCGUCGCGAACACAAAUACCCUCAGCAAGGCAAUUUCUUAUGAUUUUCCCAUCCUUUCCAUGUGGAUCAACUGUUUGAGCGUCUGGUUUGUGCAAGCUAUUCUGGGAUUGCGGCUUUAUGCUCUUUAUAAUGGUUCAAAAAAAGUUCUACUCGUGAUAGGCUUAGGCUUUAUCGCGGAGUGCACUAUCAUGAUUGUGUGUGUGACACUCCUCAGCAUUUCCUCAGAAGGCCAAGGCCUACUAGUGCUCGGAUCCAAGAUCAGCGCACUUCCUGCUACGGCCCGUAAAGUCUAUAUCAACUACGGCGCUAUCGCAGUGUACGAGAGCAUGCUUUUUUCGCUUGCUCUCUCAGCUGCCGUGCAUCGGUGUCGCGAAAAACGCGGACCACGCCCGGCCAGGAGCGGGGCAAAACGCCUGAGGGAUAUUCUCAUCGAAGGCAAUGUCGUGUACUUUCUUGCGAACACGGUUUAUGCAAUUUUCUACUUUGUGGUGUCACUUACUCUUCCUUCCGAAUGGCUUUUCGGGGUACUCUCUAUCGGCCUCGCCAUGACAAGUACUAUUGGCUGUCGCCUUAUCUUGCAUAUUCGAAGCGCAGCUCCACAUUCCUCAACCUCACCUGACCACAUCGAUGACGAAGCCAGACUUGCUCCCCAAUCGUGGUCCUCCAAAGUCCUUCCGUCCUCCUCUUGUAGAUAGUCAGCUUAUAAUUUAUGUUCUUCCGUCGUUCUUCUGUCCACCAGCCAUCUUGCUUGACCUCAAAGUGUUGUCUGCGGCUGUGUCGUGUGGCGUUUAUCUUAAUUGAAUUCAUCACAUGGAUCAGCAUAAGCCGGU